AUGCGGAGAAGUCAUCGGAAGUCCCGAAAAGGGUGUCUCGAGUGCAAGAGACGGCAUAUCAAGUGCGACGAAACACGACCGCGAUGCAUCAACUGCCAAACCGUUGAGAGAGAAUGUUCCUACCCCAUUCUGCCCGGGGCCGACACUGGCAGCGAUGAACUGGCCCGAUCCCCGGCCGAUCACCUUUCGGUAGCCGCAACCCCACCCUCCUCCGGCGCCGGGUCUGCCUCGGCCUCGGUAGCCUCUUUCUCCGGCGGUGGCUACGGUGGUUCCGCAUCCACCAUGCCCAUGCCGGACGUCACUCCCUUCCCAGUCCCCACGGGCUACCAAGACUCGGAACCGCCAUCGCCCAACGUCAACAUGGUGCACAUGGAGCUCCUCUACCACUUCACCACCGACGUCCUCUUCACCUUUGCUCCAUUCGGCGACUCGGCCCGCUCGCUCACCAUGAAUCACGCCCUCGGCGAGCCGUACCUCAUGUACCAGAUCCUGGCCCUCUCGGCCCGUCACCUAUCCGUCCUGCGCCCGCAUCGUGAAGCUUUUUACCACCACCACGCCAUCCAGCUGCAGACGCACGCCCUGACCCUGUUCAACAGCAUCGACAUGGCGCACUUUGACGCGUGCAUCGAGAAGCGCGUUCCGCUCUUUCUUUUUUCUUCCAUUCUGGGUGUCCAUGCCCUGUGCGACACCUUGAGCUAUCGAGACGCCGAGUUCCCUGCUACGCUGACCCGUAUUGUGGGUUAUUUGCACCUGCACCGCGGUAUCCACGGCGUCUUGGAGGGACACAUGGACGAGAUGAGGCAGAGCGAGCUGAAGCCGAUUAUCGAGGCGGGCAUCCGCCUGUACGACACGCGCGGCUCGGGGCCCGAGUGCGAUGAGAUCCUGCGUCGGCUGGAGUCGAGGCUUUCCCAAGAAGAUGAUGACGAUAAGGAGAGGUUGCAUGGGCUGACACAGGCGGUGCAUCGUGUGCAAUUCAUCUUUGAUGCCACGUCGAGUCCGACCGCAAAGGUGCAGAUGAUGUUGGCGUGGGGUACCAUGUUGACGAAGCCGGUCAUGGGCAUGUUGGAGGAAGGGAAGCCGGAGGUGUUGGCGGUUUUGGCGUAUUACUUUGUUUGUCUACAUCUGUGUCGAAAGGCGUGGAUAGCGGGCGAUUCGGGGAGGUUUUUGCUGGAUAGCUUGGCGAGGUAUAUGGCGAGCUUGGGGCCGGGGUGGUCAGAGUGGAUAGAGACGCCGUGUAGGCUGUUAAAUGAGGCGGAUGAAAGGGAGGCAAGAGCGGGGAGUGAUGAGUCUGGGAUAGGGAGUCAAGAACACCAACAGCAGCAGCAGCAGCAGCAGCAGCAGCAGCAGUAUCAGCAGUAUCAGCAGUUAUGAUAAAUGGAGGUUUGGAUACUAACUGCGUCACAUGAUCUCG